AUGGAGUCUAUCGCGCGGCAAUCCGCUAAACUUUGUCCAUUUGUGCACAGCGUGACGACCUCUGUGCAUUCCGUGAAGUCUUUGGGGCAGGCCAACUUGCCUGCGAUGGCGAAGCAAUGCCCUUUCAUGGGGAGGGCAAUGCGCACCGCCAAUUAUGCUACUUCUGCGUCGCCUGCGACUGCCAAUUCUACCAGAAGCAGUCUGCGUGAGGAUGAGAGCGCUUUUGUUGAUCAUGCUACAGCUGAGUCGGCUUUCGACUACGACGGUUUGUUUGAGCACGAGCUUCAGAAGAAAAGGGUGGACAAGUCUUACCGCUUUUUCAACAACAUCAACCGGUUGGCUAAGGAGUUCCCAUUAGCACACCGCCAGUUGGAAGAUGAUAAGGUCACUGUUUGGUGUUCUAACGACUAUUUAGCUCUUUCUAAAAAUCAAGAAGUGGUCGACGUGAUGAAAAAAACUCUGGAUAAGUACGGAGCUGGUGCCGGCGGUACAAGGAACAUUGCGGGUCACAAUAAGCAUGCGUUGAAAUUGGAAGCCGAAAUCGCUGCUUUGCACAAGAAAGAAGGUGCGUUGGUGUUUUCUUCCUGUUUUGUUGCCAACGACGCUGUCAUUUCGCUUCUUGGUCAGAAGAUCAAAGACUUAGUGAUCUUCUCCGAUGAGCUUAACCAUGCUUCCAUGAUUACUGGUAUUAAACAUGCCUCCACCACGAAACACAUUUUCAAGCACAACGAUUUGAGCCACUUGGAAGAGUUGUUGGCUAUGUACCCUAGAUCCCAACCAAAGUUGAUUGCCUUCGAAUCCGUCUACUCUAUGUCUGGUUCUGUGGCCGACAUUGAGAAAAUUUGUGAUUUGGCUGACAAGUACGGUGCGUUGACGUUUUUGGACGAAGUCCACGCAGUAGGUUUGUACGGUCCACAUGGUGCUGGUGUCGCUGAGCAUUGUAACUUCGAGGCUCAUCGCAAGUCUGGUAUUGCGUCGCCUCAGGAAAGAACUGUCAUGGACCGUGUAGACAUGAUCACUGGUACCUUGGGUAAGUCUUUUGGUACAGUGGGUGGUUACGUUGCUGGGUCCUUGAGAUUGAUUGACUGGUUAAGAUCCUAUGCUCCAGGCUUCAUUUUCACAACGUGUCUACCUCCUUCUGUGAUGGCCGGUGCAGCGGAAGCCAUUAGAUACCAACGCUCCCACUUGGAUUUGAGACAAGCGCAACAAAGACAUACUUCUUACGUGAAGGACGGUCUUGCUGACCUAGGCAUCCCCGUUAUCCCCAACCCAUCUCACAUUGUACCUGUCCUUAUUGGCAAUCCUGAUUUGGCUCGCCAGGCAUCAGAUAUUUUGAUGGACAAACACCGCAUUUAUGUCCAAGCUAUCAAUUUCCCCACUGUUGCAAGAGGUACCGAAAGAUUGAGAAUCACUCCUACUCCGGGCCACACUAAUGAUUUAUCUGACAUUCUCCUAGACGCGGUUGACGACGUGUUCAACACUCUACAAUUGCCAAGAGUCAAGGACUGGCAAAAUCAAGGUGGCUUACUCGGAAUUGGUCAACCAGACUUUGUGCCAGAGCCAAACUUGUGGACCAGCGACCAAUUGUCUUAUAAAAACGAUGAUCUACAUCCCAACGUCAAAGAACCAAUUAUUGACCAAUUGGAAGUUUCGUCGGGUAUCAAGUACUAA